UUAUAGAAUAACUACAAAAAUUCAGGCCUGAGACUUUGUUCAAAAUGGAAACAUAUACAGAAAAGCUAUUAUCUUACUGAAAGAGACUGUUGGAAGAUUACAUUAACAAGAAAUAAAAUUGGCCUAACCUAAAAAAAAAAAAAAAUGUAAUCUAAUGGGUUCAGUAAGAUUGCAGGAGUUACUUCUUUUACCGUUUUGCAGAAAACUUAAACCAAAUCAAUUUUCCAGUUCUUAUAACUGAAAAUAAAAAGCCAUUCUUCUGCAGGGUAAAGGAGAAAAGGGAGUUUAGAAAAUGAGUGUCCAGAGAAGGAGAUGAAAUAAGAAGGAAAAUUACUGGGUCUGACUGCUAUGAGAAAUUGUUAAAAUCAUGGGAGUGAAAACCAUAUGAAUUUCAAUUAAGAUACUUUAUUCUUCAUAUCACUUUUACAUUUAUAUUAGUAAUGCUUUUUUAAACUUAAAAGUAAUUAUUUUCUCUUUUCAGCGCUGACAGAAUUCAGAAGAAAUUUAACCAUGAGAAACCAUACAAUGGUAACAACAUUUAUUCUUGUAGGACUAACAGAUGAUCCAAACUGGCAAAUUGUAAUUUUCCUUUUUCUAUUUCUAACAUAUUUAUUCAGUGUCACUGGAAAUCUGACCAUUGUCCUGCUCACAUUAUUGGAUUCCCAACUCAAAACACCCAUGUAUUUCUUCCUUCGGAACUUUUCAUUUUUAGAAAUGUCAUUCACAUCUGACUGGAUCCCUAGGUACCUGGUCAGCAUUGUGACUAUGGAUAACAUGAUUUCCUGUGAUGCUUGUAUGACACAAUUAUUUUUUGCCAUCUUCUUGGGUGCAUCAGAGUUCUUCCUGUUGACUGCCAUGUCCUAUGACCGCUAUGUGGCCAUCUGCCAACCCCUUCACUAUGCAACAAUUAUGAACAACAGAGUCUGUACCCAGCUGCUUGUUACCUCUUGGUUAGCUGGGUUGUUAACCAUCUCUCCUGGGCUUAUCAUGGGCUUGAGGUUGGAGUUCUGUGAUGCCAACAUUAUUGACCACUUUGGCUGUGACUAUUCUCCUGUCCUGAAACUCUCCUGCACACACACACGGUCCAUAGAAUUGUUAGGUUUUAUUUCAGCCACUGUCAUACUGCUGAUUACGCUGGCACUGGUGAUACUCUCCUAUGCGUAUAUUCUGAGAACAAUUCUGAAGAUCCCUUCUGCCCAGCAGAGGAAGAAGGCUUUUUCCACCUGUUCCUCCCACAUGAUUGUUGUCUCUAUCUCUUAUGGCAGCUGCAUUUUUAUGUAUAUUAAACCUUCUGCAGAGGAAAGGGUAGCUUUAAACAAGGGGGUAGCCGUGCUCAACACUUCAAUUGCACCUCUCUUAAAUCCUUUCAUAUAUACUCUAAGAAAUAAGAAAGUGAAACAAGCCCUGAAGGAUGUAAUUAAAAGAGGUAUCUUUAUUACAUAAAACAAUAACUUUGGCUUUUACAAAAGGACACCAAUAAAGCUUGUGGAAAAUUGAAGCCUUUAUCUUCUACCCUGCUGUUUUAUCCCUUUAUUUUAUUUUUAUAUUAUGAUAGUGAUUGACAC